AUGCCCGUGACCGAAAUCGCCCUCCUCCGCUUCAAAGCGCAAAACCCCUCAUCUUCUACCAAAACCUCCCUCUUAGAAGCCCAGAAGAAACAGACAGGAUACUCUGGUCACCAGGUCACAUAUCUCAGCCAGAUCGAAGACCCAUCAUCCUUUUACCUACUAGGUGGAUGGGACUCUGUCGAGAAACACACAGGCGAAGGCCAAUGGCUUUCAUCUGAAGUCAACCAGAACCUUCUCGCACAGCUGCAGAGUAGUCUUGAUGUUAGCUGGAUGUUUCACUUAGAUGUUGAUCCAUCUACAUCUAAAAUCCCACUAGAUGCACCUGUUCUUGCUAUAACCCGAUGCUUCGUCGAGGCAAGCAAGAAAGAUGAAUUCGACGCUGUUUUCAAAGCUGCUGUGUCUCACCUGGAAGCAUACACAGCUCCGUUCUCUGUCUGCGGUGCGUGGCGCAUCGAUAAAGAGGGCGAAGAUGAGGAGUUUGUUCUUUUCAGCGGGUGGAACAAAGUCCAGGAUCAUGUUGCUUUCGGGGAGUCUGGUGCUUCUAAAGAAUUUGGGAAGAUCAAGGCGUUGAUGAAGGACGCGGAGGGUAAACAUGUGCAUGUUGAGAAGUGGGAGUAA